AUGGUCCCCCGAGUGCACCGACUGCUACGACAGAACUCGCUCCUCUCUAUCCGGCCCAGAACGACAUCCAUCUCCCCAUCUACAUCCCUCCUCCGCCGGUCAGUGGCCACCGAAAAUCAGAUCCACCAGCCAGUCCACCCAGAGCUCGACGAUAGCUUCAAGGACCUCAUCGAAAAUGGCAUGGCCAUGGGCAUGGGUUUGAAGGGGAAGGACAGGGUUUCAUUACCGCGGAGAAUACUGGAGGAGCUGGAAUAUGCGGAUGUUCGAGAUUCAAACAGCGGCAUGGAGCUUGAGGGGUCCUUGAUUGAACCUUCAACAGCUGGGGAUGGGCUUGUGAUAGAUGAGCCACCAACAGACGCCAGGGCUAAAGCUGGGGAGGAGUAUGAUGCGUAUGGGAGGGAGGAACGGAGAAGUCCAGCAGCUGUUCUGGGCAGCAAGAGACUAGGUAUGGUCGUGCUUCCAGAGGAAAUGCGCGAUGGUAUCCAGAGGCAAAUCAGCAUGCUGGACAACCCACGGGACCUACGGAAAUCAUACCUCUCAUUACCAGACAUGCCCCUCCCCGCCAACGCCCCCAAACCAAACCCCCGCGAAAAGACCUUCCGAACCCCCGAAGGCGAGCUCGCCAAAGCCUCUGCAAUUCUUCCCGGAGAGUACAGUGCAGUCAAGAAUGUUUUGGAGGAGAUGGAGAGGCGGCUGGGCUCGGCGUGGACAAAGGGCGUGAAAGAAGGAGAGAUUGUCGAGUUUUCUCCGGGGCUUGGGUCUGGGUUGUGGGCAUCUCUGGAUACUUUUGGCGGACUUCAUUCGACUCGCCGGCUGUCAGAACAUGGCCAGCCGCCUUUAAAGUAUCAAUUCGUACACCCGUCUCGGCACGGUCUUGAUCUGCUUCAGAAAAUCACCGAAGCGAUCCCCAAAGAGAGCGCCAACAUCCAAUACAACCGCAAACACUCCCCCACCUCCACCCCCUCCCUCAUCCUAUCCACAUUCCACCUCGCCUCCUUCCCCACCCCCCAAACCCAGCAACUCUACCUCCGCCAACUCCUCUCUUUCGACUCUCCUUACAUCAUCAUCAUCGACCGCGCAACCCCCCAAGGGUGGGCUGCUAUCUCCAAAGCCCGGUCUUACGUUCUGCAACAGUCCACACCGGAAAAUCCUUUGCAUAUCGCUGCGCCUUGUCCGCAUGAUUCGAAAUGUCCUCUUCUCGAUACGAGAGAAGUUUGUGGAUAUACUCAACGCCUGCAACGACCGUCUUUCUUGCGAAAGACGAAACACUCUACUCGCGGGGAAGAAGUGAAGGGGUACUGCUACCUCGUCGUCGCUAAAGGUGAACGACCCGUGGCCGGGCAAGUUUCCGAAAGUAUCAAAGCUCUUGGCCGAACGGGCAAAGUCGGGAGAGAAGCCGCUGAGAAAGCACUCGCAAAGUCACAAGGAAGGGCGGUGCUGAGAGAGGUUGAAGGGCACGAAGCUAUUCUCGAGGUGGUCCCAGAGUACGAAGCGGCGCCAGAGCAGAAUGCCGCGGCUGAGGUGGACGAGGCAGAGUUGGAGACGAGUCUGAGGAAGGAAGCGUAUAGCUGGCCGAGAUUGGUGGCUUCGCCCAUGAAGAGGAAGGGGCAUGUCACGAUGGAUGCUUGUACUGCUGAAGGCAAUAUUCAAAGAAUCACAUUCUCCAAAUCCCUCUCGAAACAAAGCUACCACGAUGCCCGUAAAGCCUCCUGGGGCGACCUUUUCCCUCACUCCCCCAAAGCCAAGCCUGUCAUACGCGACCGGGGCAUCAGGCGCUUGAACCAACCCGAGAACUUUGAGGAUAGCGAUGCUCUCAUCGCGGAGCUCCUGGAAGCCAAUGCUGAAGAGGAGAUGGACGAGAGGAGCAGCUUGGAAGAGCUGGAGGCGAUGGGAAUCAAGUUGCCUCAGGCGGCGGACAUUGUCCGGGAGACGCAGGGACCGUUUGCAAAAGGUCAGAGGCGAAGGUAUACCACGGCCAGCCAUCUUUGGCCUCUCCCCCGCCCUUUUGCCCCUUCGCAACGGCGCUCCAUGUCUGCUCGGCCCGUCGCCUCCCCUCAGAUUAUCCGAACCAAAAAGACUCUGGCGUCUCUUCUGACCCAGGCUCAAUCGGGCGAGCCCAUCACCUGUCUAACAGCGUACGACUACCCCACCGCCCUCCUAUCUGAGACAUGCGACCUCGACAUGUGUCUUGUCGGCGACUCUCUCUCCCAAGUAUCUCUCGGACAUGAAACGACCACAUCCGUCACUCUCGACGACAUCAUCCACCACGCCCGCGCCGUCGUCCGCGGAGCUAAAUCACCUUUCGUCUUUGCCGACAUGCCCUUCGGUUCCUUCGAAGCCUCUAUGGAGGAAGGCGUCCGGAAUGCUUUGCGUAUGAUCAAGGAAGGAGGCGUGGACGGUAUCAAGAUUGAAGGCGGUCUCGAGAUUGUCCCCCUCGUCCAGCGAUUGACGUCAAUCGGUAUCCCCGUCAUGCCUCAUAUCGGUCUCCAGCCCCAAAGAGCUGUCUCCCUCUCUGGCUAUCUUGUCCAAGGCCGCACUGCUGCGUCUGCUUACGAGACGAUUCAGACAGCGCGUGCUCUGGCAGAUGCGGGAGCAUUUGCUUUCCUGUUGGAGGCCAUGCCGAGGGAUCUGGGCAAGUUGAUCACAGAGGAGAUGGUGAAACGAGGGGUAUUUACUAUCGGAAUCGGGGCCGGGAAGGGGACGAGCGGUCAAGUCUUGGUGGUCACCGAUGUUCUUGGCAUCUACGCCGACGAUCCUUUGGACUCUACACCUGCAGUGUCGCCGGAAACGACCACCGUACCAGCGUCUGCAGCAGAAAUGGUCAAGCCUGCCUUUGCGCCGCGGUUCGUCAGGCAGUUCGGUAAUCUUGGGGCAGAGAUGCGGAGGGCAGUGAGAGGGUAUGUGGCUAGCGUGCGUGAUGGGAGCUUUCCGUCGACCAAGGAAAGCUAUGGGAUGAAGAAGGAGGAGUGGGAAGGGUUGUUGAGGUUGUUGGAUAUAGAGAAGGCGGAGAGGUGA